AAAUGGUAUAGUGGGGUACUCUCCCAGUCCUGACGAUAGUAUAAGCGGUCCGACUUUGACAGUUAAUGAUACAGUCUUGUUACGAAUUUCGACGGAUACACAUCGCAGUUGUUGUAAAUUAAAUGGUGUAGUGGGGUACUCUCCCACUCCUGACGAUAAUAUAAGCGGACCGACUUCGACAGUAUUCGCACGAAUUUCGACAAAUAAACAUCGCAGUUCUUGCAGGAAGCAUUCUCUGCAAGUAGUAGAGAAGAGUUAAUAAUUAAAUGGUGUAGUGGGGUACUCUCCCACUCCUGACGAUAAUAUAAGCGGACCGACUUCGACAGUAUUCGCACGAAUUUCGACAAAUAAACAUCGCAGUUCUUGCAGGAAGCAUUCUCUGCAAAAUUAAAUGGUGUAGUGGGGUACUCUCCCACUCCUGACGAUAGUAUAAGAGGACCGACUUUGACAGUUAAUGAUACAGUCUUGUUACGAAUUUCGACGAAUACACAUUGCAGUUCUUGUAGAACGCAUUCUCCGCAAAUAAUAAAAAAGAGUUAAUAUAUGUAUAUAAUUAUAUCAUGAAGUCUUUCAAUAUUCUAUACGAUUUGUUUUGUUUCAGAAUUAAAUUAAGGAGGUGGGGAUACUUUCCCACCCGUGAGGCCAAUAAAAUGAACUUUGACAGCUGCUGGUUCAGUCUUGUUUUGAAUUUCGACAAGUACACAUCGCAGUUUUCGCAGUACUAUUCUAUACGAUUUGUUGUUUUAGAAUCAAAUGGAGUAGUGGGGAUAUUCUCCCACUCGUGACGAUAAUAUAGGCAGACCGACAGCUACUGUUUCGGAUUUACUUCGAAUUUCGACGACUACGCGUAGAUGUUCUCCCAAUACGCGUUCUCCGCAGACUUAAAUUGCGAAGUGGGGAUACUCGGCUUCCAGAGACGACAACAAAGUCGGGUAUUUGACAGAUUGUUACAGUUACUAGUUCAGUUGUGUUUUGGACUUCGACGAGAGAACUUAGAAAUUUUCGCAGAAGACAUUCGAACGAGUAUUAAUGAAGAGUUUACACUUCGAUUUUGUGCUUUCGAGAGACUUUGACAAUCUGUCUCCAAGAGUGGACUUAGAAAUUUUCGCACUUUCGUGGGACUCUGACAAUCUAUCUCCACGAGUGGACUUAGAAAUUUUUGCAGGAUGCCAUUCGAACUUCGAUUUUGUGCUUUCGAGAGACUUUGACAAUCUGUCUCCAAGAGUGGACUUAGAAAUUUUCGCACUUUCGUGGGACUCUGACAAUCUAUCUCCACGAGUGGACUUAGAAAUUUUUGCAGGAUGCCAUUCGAACUUCGAUUUUGUGCUUUCGAGAGACUUUGACAAUCUGUCUCCAAGAGUGGACUUAGAAAUUUUCGCACUUUCGUGGGACUCUGACAAUCUAUCUCCACGAGUGGACUUAGAAAUUUUUGCAGGAUGCCAUUCGAGUGAGUAUUAACGAAGAGUUUAAGCAAAUAUAAUAUUCUAUCACUCAUAUUUUCGAUAUGUUAUACGAUUUCUUUUGUUUCAGACUUCGAUUUUGUGCUUUCGAGAGACUUUGACAAUCUGUCUCCAAGAGUGGACUUAGAAAUUUUCGCACCGUCGUAGGACUUCGACAAUCUAUCUCCACGAGUGGACUUAGAAAUUUUCACACUUUCGUGGGACUCUGACAAUCUAUCUCCACGAGUGGACUUAGAAAUUUUUGCAGGAUGCCAUUCGAGUGAGUAUUAACGAAGAGUUUAAGCAAAUAUAAUAUUCUAUCACUCAUAUUUUCGAUAUGUUAUACGAUUUCUUUUGUUUCAGACUUCGAUUUUGUGCUUUCGAGAGACUUUGACAAUCUGUCUCCAAGAGUGGACUUAGAA